AUGAAGCCUUCGUCGCGGUACAGUUCGUAUGAUGCACGCUCCUCAACCUCGUCGCACUUCUCUGACCCCUCGUCUUCCACUGAGCUCAAGCUCCCCACAUCCUCACGCGCCGUCGUCAAAUCUAAGGCGUCGGAUCCCAACAUCGCCACAAUGAUGAAAAAGUUCAUGGAAAAGCGAUCCACGUCCAAGGCUAAGCCAAUUAAGGCCACGGGCUUGGUGAUUCCGUCCGAUCUAAUCGCCGGCGACUUGAAAAAUACGGCCAGGAACGGGACGGGUUCGAAUUUAACGGCGUUGGGUAGGAAGCUCUUUGGGAAAGGAACAGGGACGACGUCGUCAGAUAAGAAAAAGGAGGUCAAAGCGUUGACUGAGGUAAAAGGGAACACCAGGACGCUGGCCAUGGUGUUAAGAAGUGAGAGAGAGCUUUUGAAUCUGAAUAAGGAGCAAGAAGUGGAGAUUGCCGAGCUCAAGUUGAUGCUUCAAGAAAAGAACAGAGAAGUGGAUAAAUUGAAGGAUUUGUGUUUGAAGCAAAGGGAAGAAAUCAAAUCAUUAAAGAAUGCGAUUUUGUUUCCAGAUGUUAUGAAUUCUCAGCUUCAAGAGAUGUUAGAGAAGCAGGGGUCAGAGCUGAAGCAAGCAAAACAAGUAAUCCCAAAUCUUCAAAGGCAGGUCACUUCCCUUACUGGCCAGCUUCAGUGCCUUGCAGAGGAUCUUGCUGAGGUGAAGGCAGAUAAAUGUUCAGUUAGGGCACGUUUUCAACGUGAUGACAGUUCUCCAAAAACCCCAACAUAUGAUGACAAUGAACCUUCCAAUUCUGUUGAGUUCAGCUCUGGUGAUCCAACCAGCCCUGGUAGUCCAGAUGACAUGUUCCUGAAGGAUUUAAAUCCUUGCUUGACACCCUAUUAUGCAAAAACAAAGUCCAAGGAAUUUGACGAGAUGGGCUAUGACUCUCCAUAUGGACAUCAUGAAAGCUUAUCUCAAAACAAGAUGGAGUUUGGAUUUAACUUUUGUGCCAAGAAGUUGUCCAAAAGUUCUGAUUGUUCCCAGAAGUCCGAAGCAGAAAGCAGAAUAGCUCAAGCAAACCGGAGAUUGGGUGAUGGCAGACGAACUUAUGGAAAACAAAUUCAUAAAAGAUUUAUCUAA